AUGAUGCCUGAAUCUGAUGUUUGUCGUCUUGAAACAGUAGCUGAAUUGGAUACAGGUUCGUCCGAACUCGGAUUACCAUCAGAACCCAGGUCGAACAGUACGGUUCGUAUACGGCCGUUUACGAUUACUUUACGACUAUUUUUCGGCGAAACAGUGCCAGUUCAUGAACUUAAACAUACGCCUCGAGUGUUAUUAGGUAUGGAACCAGCUCAACGAUUAAAAAUCGAUGUCGAUUGGAUUCAUUCUAAGGUUAUCUUACCACGCACUGCAUAUACCAACAAGGCCUAUCUUAUUGGUCUACAUGAUCUAUUUAAUCUGUUUGGACCUGACGGCCAUAUGAUAAAAGCUUUACAACGACAACACAAGAUAUCAAUCGAAAUCAACAAUCGGAGAAAAGUGAGCAAGGUUGUUGUGAUCAUCUGUACGAAGGAAAACUAUAAUAAUACUACAGAUGCUCAAGCAGCGAUUCAGGUAAUCUGUCCAAAUCUUCCUCCAGUCCCUGAAGAAGAACAAUCAUAA